AAUUCCCCGUUGUUCCCGCCUCAACGUGAUGACGUCAGAGCGACGCGUUCAUUCAGCGUCGAGUCUUCAGAGCUGAGAUCGUCCCGUCAGUCUACAAGUGAAGACGAGCAUCAGACCAUCAGGAAGAAGAGAAAUCUGCAAAGACAGAGUUUAUUGAAGGACAGUGAGAAGAUGAGUGAUCCAGAACCCUGCAGAAUUAAACAGGAGGAGACUGAAGAACUAAUAGAUGUGAAGCAGGAGAGUGAAGAACUGAGUGAAGAUGAGGAGAAACAUCAGGUCAAAAGUGAAGAAGAAACUCAAUCAGAGACUGAACAUUUAUCUUUUCUACAAUCAAACACGCAUAACAAUUACAAUGUGAUCGUGAAGGAGGAGAGUGAAGAACUGAAUGAAGAUGAGGAGAAACAUCAGGUCAAAAGUGAAGAAGAAACUCAAUCAGAGACUGAACAUUUAUCUUCUCUACAAACAAACACAAACAACACUCACAACCUGACGGUGAAGAAAGAGGAAAGUGAAGAACUGUGUGAAGAUAAGAAAGUCUAUCAAAGCGUUCAAACAGAAGUGAAGUCAAAUACUUGCUCUUUGUGUGGAAAGACUUUUAUAAAGCCAUCGUAUUUAAAACGACACCAGAGGACUCACACUGGAGAGAUACCGUACACAUGCGAUCAAUGUGGGAAGAGUUUCAACAAACCAUCAACCCUUAAUCAACACAUGCUGAUCCAUACUGGAGAGAAAACACACAAAUGUGAUCACUGCGGCAAAACAUUUCUAGAGCCUUCAGAUCUAAACACCCAUCUUACAGUUCACACAAAAGAAAAGCCUUAUUCAUGUUCUGAGUGUGGAAAGAGGUUUACACUGCUGCCAUAUUUAAAAAAACACGUUAAGAUCCACACUGGUGUGAAAGAGUUCGUCUGCUCUGAGUGUGGGAAGAGUUUUAAUACAGCCCGAAACUUGAAACAACACCAGAUGAUCCACACUGGAGAGAGACCUUACAAGUGUUCACACUGCGACAAGAGCUUCAUUUACUUACAAAACCUGAAAUCACAUCAGAGGACUCACACUGGAGAGAAACCACACAAGUGUUCACACUGCGACAAGAGAUUUGGUAAUUUACAUAACCUGAAACUACACCAGAUGAUCCACACUGGAGAGAGACCGUACAAGUGUUCACACUGCGAUAAGAGAUUUAGGCAGUUACAGAUUCUGAAAAACCAUGAGAGGACUCACACUAAAGAGAAGCCGAACACAUGUACUCAGCACACAUGUACUCAGUGUGGAAAUAGCUUCACAAAAUCACUACACCUUCAAUGGCACAUGAUGAUCCACCCUGGAGAGAGGCUGUACAAGUGUUCACACUGCGAUAAGAGAUUUAGGCAGUUACAGAUUCUGAAAAACCAUGAAAGGACUCACACUAAAGAGAAGCCGAACACAUGUCCUCAGCACACAUGUACUCAGUGUGGAAAUAGCUUCACAAAAUCACUACACCUUCAGUGGCACAUGAUGAUCCACGCUGGAGAGAAAACACAAAUGUGAUCAAUGCGGCAGAACGUUUUUGAGACCUUCAGAGCUGAAGAGAUAUCUUAUAGUUCAUACAAAGGAGAAGCCUUAUUCAUGCUCUAAGUGUAAAAAAAGUUUUACGCAACAGGCAGAAUUAAAAUCACAUCAACCAAACCA